AUGGCAACUCCAGCCGACGUUGUGCAGGGGGAGCUCUUGACUUCCCCUGCCCGCCUUCGCAAAAUCGACCUACUUCGCGACAAAAACAUUGGAGCAUAUCUGCCCCUUCCCCAGCUUGUUGCGGUUGGCGACCAAAGCUCUGGGAAGUCUUCCCUUCUCGAGGGCUUGACUGGUAUCCCGUUCCCUCGAGGCCAGGGUUUGUGCACUCGCUACGCCACGCAAAUCACCCAUCGCCGAGAGAGUAAGACCUCCAUCAAUAUCAGCAUCAUUCCCGGACCAAAUGCUUCUGAAUCUGAAAAGUUGAAAUUGGAGGAAUACCAAAAAUCGGUUUCGACAACUUCCGAGCUGAAAGACCAAUUGUCCAGCAUCCUCUUGGAAGUCAAUGAGCGCAUGGGGGUCUGCACUUCUCAGAACCCAAAAGGCACCAAGACGUUCACUGAAGAUGUCUUAAAGAUCGAGAAAUGUGGUCCAAACGAAGACUAUCUUACCGUGAUUGAUGUUCCUGGGCUAUUUGAGGACACCAAGCACAACUCCACGACCGAGACUGACAAAGCAAUGGUGCAGAGUAUGGUGCGAAAGUACAUCUGCAAUGAUCAAACUGUCAUCUUGGCCGUUCUCCCUUGCUUCGUCGACUUUGCCACGCAAAAGAUUUUGGCUUUAGCAGAGGAGUAUGACCCAAAUGGAGAACGCACCCUUGGUAUUCUCACGAAGCCCGACUUGCUUGUUGAGGAAAGUGGCAAGAAUGUCGUCUGCAGCUUGGUCAGAGGUGAACAGAGGCCGCUGAACCUUGGCUAUCACCUUGUUCGAAGCCGGGGUGGAGAUGAUAAAGGAAAAGCUUUCAGCGACGAGGCGAGGGACAGUGAGUUUAAAAAGAAGCCCCGGUGCACCCUUCCUCCGGACAGACUGGGUGUCGUUGCUCUCCGCCAGCGCCUGCAGCAUCUACUGGGCGACCUCACAGACAAGGCUUUCCCAAAGCUUCGUUCAAAGACUCGAAAACUUCUUCGCGAGACUCAGGAACAAUUGGCCAAUUUAGGUCACUCUCGUCAGACAAUGCGGGAGCAACAGCUAUUUUUGGUCAGCAUUGCCAGCGAGUUCCAGCGGCUGGUUCGCGCGGCCGUGAACGCAGAUUAUUCAUCCAGUCCGGUGUUUGACGAUGACAAAUUUCGUCUUAUUACAAAUGUGCUAAAUGCAACCGAUGACUUCAAAUCAGAUUUCACUGUCUACGCCCACACUUACGAGUUCCUACCGUCCAGCGAGGAGGCCAGCGAGGAGGAAUCGACCACCUCUGAGCCCAGAGGUGACCAUGAAAGAAAGCCAUUUGAGCUGUUCCCGGACUUGGAUGGUGUCAUUGUGCGUGACCGCAUUGAAGAUGUCCCAAAAGAGGGAAUUAUGGAAUGGUUAAAGCAUUCCUAUUAUCGCUCGCGAGGAAGCCAGCUGCUUCCCUUGAACCCAAUGCUAUUCUCGGGUGUUUUUCGAGAGCAGACGUCGGGAUGGACUGCGCAGACUGUCUAUUACGUGAGCCGAGUCAUUUACACUAUCCAUGAUUUUUUUGUUGGUGCUUUGGAGGCUGUUUGCUCCGAUAAGAGGGCUCGAGAAGAGCUCUUAUCCCAGAUAUUGGAGCAAACUUUGGCGAGAUAUGCAGCUUGUCUGCAGCAAGCGAAAUUCCUAGUGAACGUCGAGAGAGAAGCUCAUCCUUGCACUUUGAACAGCAUAUUUCGCAGCAAGCUCGCCGAGCUUCAGAGUAUGCAGAUGGAGGAGAAGCUCACUGGCAAGACGAAGAACCUUAAUCUCUAUUACACAGAAGAUAAAAGCGAGGAGGUCAUUACCAUGGACGACGUCUUGGCAACGCUACGGGACAAAGACAGGGGAAAAUACGUUGCCGAGGAUAUUCACGACGUGCUCAAAUCCUACUAUGAAGUGGCGCGUGACCGCUUCAUUGACACCGUCUACCUCCAGGUAGUCACCCAUAAUCUCGUUUCUGGGGGAGAGAGCCCUCUGAUGUUGUUCUCGGAGAGGUGGGUGCUCGAUUUGGAGCCCGAAAAGCUCGAAUCUAUUGCUGGAGAGUCUCUUCAAAAGCGAGAGCAGCGCGAAAUGUUGGCCAGGAGGAUCCAGGAUCUGACCGACGCCGUGGUCAUUCUUCGUUGA